AUGGCACUUGGCCGCUUCGAGGACGACCUUCAGUUUCUGAAGCCUAAUCCCGAAAAUCGCUCGUUUACAGUACUCGAGCGGAAGUCGGCCCCAACCGCCGAAUUCUCGACGACGUCCGCCUUCGAGCUGCCCGGCAAUUGUCGCAAGGACCCGACGAGGCUCUCUGAGACAGCAAUCGGAGAAGAACUCGGCGACAUGCCGGAGAUGGCCGAAAUUGAGGACGACGUCAUCGUCGACGUGGCCGAGGAGGGCGAGCUGGACGAUGAGGAUGACGACGAUUUCUCCGAUUAUGAAGACGAGGAGAUGGAGGACGAGGCGGAGACGAGCGAGACUCGGCAAGGACAGGCU